AUGCCUCACAUGCCAAUGGAGGAAUCCCUCUUCAACAUCAUCCACCUCUACCACCAGUAUGCAGCCCAUGGAGGAGACGUAGAGACCCUGAGCCUGGAGGAGCUGAAGGCCCUACUGAUGGACCAUGUGCCCCACUUCAUGGAGACCUUGGGCCGGAAGGACCCAUACUACAUUGCAGAGCUGUUCCGGGCAGCAGACAAGAACAAGGACAACCAGAUCUGCUUCGAUGAGUUCCUCUACAUCUUGGGCAAGCUGGUGAAACACUAUCACCUGCAGUACCACCGCCAGUGGUGUGCCCACUACUCUGCCCAGCACAACCUCUACUAG